UGAUCGUCGAUAGUUCAAGCUGAUAUUAGCGAAUGGAUUUUGAGUAUUAUUGGCAGCUCACAGCGGUUUUCGACCCUUUCGGAUCGGGAUCUAUUAUUCGGGUUUAUAUGUUGGGGACUUUGGAAGGACCGGUGUAGGCGUAUCUUCGAUCCUGGUCGUGAUAUUGAACUGGAGCCUCCAGCAAUGUUCUCAUCUCCUUCCAGCAAUGAAUAGAAACGUGCCUGCUGUUGGAAAUAACAGCAGAAUUCCAACGUGGGUCUGCUGGUCCCCUCCUCCUGUUGACGGGCUUUGAGGCGAUCGGACAGUAUGGCGGCUGCUGGAGGUGUUCUUCAAACGUAUUGGCAUAUGCUCUGCGAUGGAAGCGGAAUUGUGGGGUGUUUUUGAAGGUAUCCAAAGAGCUUGGGCGUUGAAUAUUAGACAGCUGAUUUGAGAGACUGAUAAUCUAUGGGUGGCCAAUAUGUUGGGCAAAGAGAGUAUGGGUUUGCUCAGGCAGAUUCGAAAAUGGUUAACCAAGUCGUGGGACGUGACUGUUAAACAUUGCUAUAGUGAUUCAAUGGGAUCAUUUACAGUGAUGGAAAGGAACAGCCAGUAUACUCCAUUAAAACGUCUAAAGAUGCAAAGAGGAGGAAAUGUGUUUAUAGAAUUUAUGUUUCUUCAGUUUUUUAUUUUUGGUUUUGUUUGCUUAGGAUUUUAUCUGUGGCCUUUCAUUUUCUUUUUUCUUUUAAGUUUUUUAGGAAAACCCGAGCCAACGCCUCGGUGACCAAUACUUGCAUGACAGCUGUUAGGACAGCUGUUGAGUACAGAUUUUUGAUAAGUGUACCACAUCUCCUCUUCAAAUUGCAUUAUUCUCACUGAACUAGACUCUACACAUGAACUAUAUCACUUAAAAAAGGCCCCGGAUUUGCAUUUGGGCCCAAUUAAUUGUUUCUAAAAGUUGAUAAGAUCAGAGGAAAGACGUGGAAUAUUCAAACGAAUUGGGCCUAAUUGGUGACUAGGUCCCUGUUCGAGUUCCUGAUUCAGUGACUCAGCUAUCGUACUUGUCGUUGCCGUGCUACGAAGGUUGGCUCUCCUCACUCUUAACUACCAUCGCUUGAAGUCGUCGUCUUCCAAAACUCACAAAAAAAAAGUAAAAAAAAAACGAGAACGAAAGAGCAAAGAAAUGUCAAUGAUGGCGACGAAUUCCUUCAAGAACCCGAUGCUUCCGGUUUCGGAUCCGCCGAUAGACAAAGAAGAAGAAAAAGAAAGGCUUCUCAAAAGAGGAGAUGAGAGGAUUUUCAAAGGAUCCGCCAUGACCAAGAGAGGAGCCUACGCCGCCAUCUAUUACAUGUCUUGCGCUGUGCUUUUGAUACUGUUCAAUAAAGCAGCUUUAUCUUCUUAUGGUUUCCCCUGUGCCAAUGUAAUUACACUCUUUCAGAUGAUAAGUUCGUGUACCUUUCUCUAUGCACUGAGACGGUGGAAGAUGAUAUCUUUCGCAAACAAUGAAUCUUUAACCAUUUCUGAUAGCAACACCAGUUUGGUUCCCUUGAAGACUUUGAUUCAUACCCUUCCUCUUGCAGGAACUUAUUUGCUUUACAUGCUAGUCACUGUUGAGUCUAUUCGUGGAGUAAAUGUUCCCAUGUACACUACUCUUAGGCGAACCACUGUUGUUUUUACGAUGAUUGUGGAGUUUCUCCUCGCAGGACAGAAGUAUACAUCAUCUAUAGUUGGAAGUGUUGGAUUGAUUGUUAUUGGUGCAUUUGUUGCGGGAGCUCGUGACUUGUCAUUUGACUUUUAUGGAUACGCUAUUGUUUUCUUGGCCAACAUCUCUACAGCUAUAUAUCUUGCAACCAUUGCCCGAAUUGGGAAAUCUAGUGGGCUUAAUAGCUUUGGGCUUAUGUGGUGUAACGGUAUAAUAUGUGGACCGAUUUUGUUAGUGUGGACAUUUCUUCAUGGUGAUUUGAAGACUACAAUGAAUUUCCCUCACCUCUUGUCACCUGGUUUUUUGGCCGUAUUGAUUCUUUCUUGUAUGCUAGCUUUCUUCUUGAAUUACACUAUAUUCUUGAACACAACUCUCAAUUCGGCAGUUACACAAACCAUUUGUGGGAAUCUGAAGGAUCUUUUUACCAUUGGACUUGGCUGGAUGCUUUUUGGUGGGCUUCCCUUUGAUAUUCUGAAUGUUAUCGGGCAAUUGCUGGGGUUUGUUGGUUCUGGUUUGUAUGCCUACUACAAGCUUGUGGGGAAAUAACUGACUUCAGGCUAAGUUGCUGAUUUCUGCUUUACCUUUGUUCAAUCAAAGUGCUUAUGAGCUGUUGGAAGUAAGAUAGCCUUCUAAAAGGAAUGGAGAUUUAUCCAAAGUUUUGACAUCCCUUGCGGUUAGAGCCAACGUAGCUGAUGACUCUGCAGUCUGAUCAUCUCACCAUUUUUUGUCUUCCCUUUUUCCCUCCCUCGGGGUCACAAGAGUACUAAAUUUGGUGAAACUUUGUAAUAGUGAAGAGUUAGGAUAGCUUACAACUAUUCCUACUGUAUAUCUCUUUUCGGGAUCAUUUUUCUUACUUCCUUUCUUUCUUGUUCUUUUUGUCAAAUUCUUGUAGUUGGGAUUUCCAUGUUUUUUCCUCAAAUGGAAAGGAAAAUGUUGAAGUUCCCCUA